GACACGUCCGGACACGUCGGGGCAGUGCAGCGUUAAGCUCCUUUUUUCCUCUUUUACUGUGUUUGUAAGGUCAGCAUUUGAUGUAACAGAGCAGACUCACUCCACUGUUCAUUGAAGUUUUCGCGGUCGCCAUGGGUCUGAGGAAAAUCGUACAGAAUGGGAAGACGUCGUAUAUGUAUUCGAGUUGUUCCCAGGAGGAGGUUCGCCUGGCGCUGCUGCAGAGGGGUGCGGCGCACUCGCUCAAGAUCACCGCAGAGAGUGAUUCCGUCCAACGAUGGUGCCGCAACCUGGAGAAAACUCCCCAAGAAUACUUAACCCUUGUUUCCCAAGCAGUCGAGAACUUGUCGUCCGUUUGUGAUCCCGAUGGAAAGGACAUCAAGGAAGAUAUCUUUGAGAUUCAGGAUGACCACUUGGUGUGGAAGCAGUACUUUCCUGAGAAGAAAGUUUACGGAAGGCGAGGAAAGUUUGCCUUGGAUAAGAUGGAACAUGAUGAUGCCUUAGAAAAUAUCAUGAAUGGUGUCAUGGAAGACUUGACUGCUAAUGUUAAAACCAUUGACAAACUGACAUUAGACUUGCAAGCAAAAGAAGGAGAGGUUAAAGAAGCUAUAGACUUGGUAGCCAAAAGUGUGAAGAUGAAGGAAGACUUUGAAAAGGUAGUAUAUGGAAAGUGUGCCAACAUUAUCAAUAUGAAGAAACUAAGGAUGCGUCAGCUUACUAGUCAGUCAUCGUCAGCAGCAAAGGCAAAUGACACAACACUGGACACUAAAGAGAAAGCAAAGGAUUCUCCUUCUAAAGCAAGUAAAGUCAACAGCAGUGAUAGUGAAUGCUACAACUCAGACACUGAUGUAGAUGAGCCAGAUGGCAUGGACACAGAUGAAGAGGACCUUAGGAGUAUAUCCCCAAAGAAGCGUGGAAGAAAUGGCAAUACGUUGCCUGAGAAGAAGUCAAUGGCAUCAAAACGAGUCAUUGAUUCACAGGAUGAUCUUUUCAACAAUAGCAUUGAGGCAGAAUUGUAUCCCACCUCAGGGAGUGACAAAAAGAGAAAGACUAAAGAUGAAAAUGUCAGUCGCCCAAGAACUAGUGCAUCCCAGACCAAAAACACUUCUGAAAAGGAUGCAGUCAAAAAACAGACACAGGAUGAGAGGAAAUCAAAUUCUAGCACAUCAUUUCAAGCAGAUUCACAGAAUUCAAUACUUGAUGAACUGUUUUAAUGUAAUUUUUAUAAAUGAUUUAAUUAAGUACGAAAAAACACAUGAUACCAUAGUGAGAUGAUUUUACCUUUUAUAUUUACUGGAUUUUAUGGAUCCUUUGUAUUUUGGGGUGUUUUUAUAUAUCAAUAUUUUAUUGGCCUUCAAUAUUCAGCAAAGGUAUCUGUUGAAUGUCUUUUUAAGUGUCUACCUUAAAGUUUACCUUGGCACAUGUACAAAUAGGUUCUGUGUAGGAAUCAAAUUUAUAUAUAUUUUAUACAUAAUAAAGUAUUCUC